AUGCCGCCUGAAAAGGGCAAAGCUUCCUUUUUACCGGGUCUCUUUGGGGGCAACACCAGGGUGGAGGAAGCCUGCGAAAUGUACACCAGGGCUGCCAACAUGUUCAAGAUUGCCAAGAACUGGAGCGCCGCAGGAAACGCGUUUUGUCAGGCGGCCAAGCUGCACAUGCAGCUGCAGAGCAAACACGACUCGGCCACCAGCUUCGUGGACGCUGGGAACGCCUACAAAAAAGCAGACCCGCAAGAGGCCAUCAACUGCUUAAAUGCAGCUAUCGAUAUCUACACCGACAUGGGGCGGUUCACUAUUGCUGCCAAGCACCACAUCACCAUCGCAGAGAUCUACGAGGCCGAGCUGGUAGACAUUGAAAAGGCGAUUGCGCACUACGAGCAGGCUGCAGACUAUUACAAAGGAGAGGAGUCUAACAGCUCAGCCAACAAGUGUCUGCUGAAGGUGGCUGCCUACGCCGCGCAACUGGAGCAGUACCAGAAGGCGAUAGAAAUCUAUGAGCAGGUCGGCACGAACACGAUGGAUAAUCCUUUGCUCAAGUACAGCGCGAAAGAGUAUUUCUUCAAAGCCGCUCUGUGCCACUUCAUCGUGGAUGAGCUGAACGCGAAGCUUGCCCUUGAGAAAUACGAAGAAAUGUUCCCAGCGUUCACAGAUUCACGGGAGUGCAAGCUAUUGAAAAAACUGCUGGAAGCCCACGAGGAGCAAAACUGCGAGGCAUACACCGAGGCAGUGAAGGAGUACGACUCCAUCUCCCGCCUGGACCAGUGGCUCACCACCAUGCUGCUGCGCAUCAAGAAGUCAAUCCAAGGAGAAGGGGACGGGGACCUGAAGUGAAUCGCGCGUGGUGUUUGUGGCAUGCAGCCU